UUAAAAUAAAGACGGGUUUAAGUUACAUGAACGUCAAAUUAUUUAAGGCUGGUUAGGGUUAACGCUUUAUCUAGUACAGAAGGUUGUAAACAUACAAGAAAUUAAUAGGAUUAUCAAGUCACUGUUCCUUUAAGAACUGUCCCGCCCUGGGUUGAAAGUUUGGCGGUGCUUCUGACAAACAAUAAUAGUUUGUGCUAGCAGCUAACUAAGAUAGCCGGAUUGAGAGUUGGCAAGUAGGAAACCAGAGCUAAUGCAAGGAGUUUAAGCAACGAUUGUAGCACCAUGCUGUAAAUGUACCAUGAAGAACGUGCCAUGCUGAAGGGGAGACGAUAAUUGACACCGGCGAGGACACCGCUCAAAACUCCGUGGAAAUGAUGAGCCGUGCGCCAGCCCAGACUUGCCCAUCUCUGCCUGUCCAGGACGCCUGAGCGCGCAAUGGCGCGGGAGAGGCAGACGAAGAACAGGAGAUGGCUGAGCUUCAUCCUGUACUGUAAUGCCUCAACAGCACCCGGAGGUCUGAGCGAGGCCAACUGUCGUAGCUGGUAAUGAAACGCAUGGAGAAGGCAAGAGAGAGAAGUGCAACUGAUGAGGCUGGUUUGGGCGAGGAGUCGGUCAGGAGGAAGGACCUAGAUAAUCUGCCAGGAGAACUGGAGAGGAGAAGGCCGUCCGACAGAGAGACACGCUCCCAGCGCAGUGGAGAGGAACAAAUGGACCUGCGGAGAGCGAGGGAGGAACAGAUCAACACAGGGACAAAAAGGAGAGAAAUAAAGGGAGAAGAAAAAGAACUGAGUGGAUGGGAAGAGGGGAGGGCGAAGGAGGCUGUGGAGAAGGACGGUGCUGAGGAAGCCACGAUCCCCUCUCUCUCUCCAUCUCCGUCUCUCUGUCUUACAGAAGCCUGGCCUUCCUCUACCUCUUCAUCCUCCUCCUCUUCCUCACAGCUGCCCUCCUCCGCUCCCUGUCCUCUCCCCCGUCUCUCCCCUGCCCUGCCGGAUGCGUUGGUGGUUUUGGCAGAUGCCCGGCUGACGCUGGAUGUGUAUCGGGACGGGGCAGCGGCCCUCCCCGCCCUGUGGGCGGCGGCUCCGGGGCGGCUGGGCAGGGUGCGCUAUCUGAGGCUGGGCUCCGAAGACCUCCAGGGCCUGCAGGAGGCUCUCACCAUCCUACCCCUCCUCACACAGCUGCACUCACUGGCCAUACGAGGGCACUGUCUGCAGGAUGGUUUGGGUGACCCCCUCCCUGGCCUCCUCUCCUCCCUCCCCCCAUCUCUCCGUUCCCUCUCCUCCCUCACCCACCUGGACCUUUCUUUUAACCGCCUCACCUCGCUGCCACCCUGUCUGCUCUCUCUCCCCCUUCUUUCCUCUCUCCUUCUCUCCCACAACCUCCUGUCAUCCCUGCCCUCCUCCGUGGGUGAGCUGCGCUCUCUCUCCUUCCUCUCGCUCCUGGGCAACCGGCUGCAGACUGUGCCGCCCAGCCUGGGCCACCUGGGGGCGCUGUGCACCCUCGACCUGUCCCACAACCAGCUGCAGAGACUGCCCCCGGAGCUGGGCCUUCUGGAGAGCCUACAGAGCCUGGAGCUGUCCCACAACUGCCUGAGAGAGCUGCCCCAUACUCUGGGGUCUCUCCUCUCGCUGCGGGAGCUCAGCAUUCACAGCAACGAUAUCCGCAGCGUCCCUCCCUGUUUGAAGGACCUGCCCCACCUGAUCCGACUGGAUGUGCGCAACAACCCCCUGGGAAGACCCCCCACCCCUCCCCCACUCCCCCUCCCUACCUCAGGACAAAUGGAAACCGAACUUCCAGAGUUGCAUCUUGGACCCAACCAGCAUUGCUUCUUCGUGAGCGAGAGUGGGUGCAAUGUGUUUCUGCCGGGAGGGGCGGAGCUUCAGUUCCCGCGGGGCGCUGUGGCUUCCAAAAUGAUGCUGACGUGGACAGUGAAGAGGCCAGACAGGAAGUGGGUGUGGCUUGAGGAACACGACUUCCUUUUGAGCUGGCCACUGGAACUCCUGCCUCAUGGCACUGCUUUCCUGGAGCCUGUUCUGGUGUGCGUGCCAUACCGUCGGUUUAGGAGGGGGGAAGUGGUGGUCCGCAGAUUCGACGGCCAGUGCUGGAGUACACUACCAACUAUGACCAGGAGGGGGAGCCAGAGGCACAGUGCUCGGCCAGGAGGAAGGCCAGCCCGGCUGGCCUGCUGCUCUGUGAAGCAGUUCUCCUGGUUUGUAGCUGUCUCCCGUCUGGUGAGGGACAGUUGCUCAGUGUCGCCAGAGGGGGCGCUGCUGGUGUCUCGCGUAGAUUCGGGAAUCAAGCUGACAUUCCCGUCCGGCUCUACCCUCCAGAACCGCACCGUCAUGCUUCAGGUGCUGCAGGUGGAUGUCUCAGAGGUGCAGAAGCUGACUGGAGACCCCCAGGCCAGUGUCAGCCCUCUACUCUGCGUCUCCCAGUCUCCCAGCAUGCCCUUCCUGCGGCCAGUCACUGUGCAGGUCCCCCUGCCUCCUGGACUGACUGGUCACACAGUGGACAUGUCCUGCCUUUACCUUCUGCAUGGGGACCAGGCCGCCCAAACCUGGACUGACGUCACGCCCCAGUCCUCUCUCCAAAUCACGCAUCUCUAUGCCAUCUUCACCGUGACCCACUUCUCCUGGUACUGGUUGUGGUACACCACUAAGCGUAGUGUGUGUGGAGUGGUGAGGAAAGUUUAUCACAGACUUCGGCAGUUCCGGGUCCAGUUCCUUGUUCUCCAGAGGAAGGCCGACCCGAUGCAGGUGCUACUGCAGUGUCUCCCGACAAGCAAGGUGGACAGUUGCCUGCAGUCUCUCUCUCCCCUGUAUGAAGGUCCCCAGCCCUCUGACCUGUGUGAACUCAUGGAAGGAGAGCAGUUUUUCGCUGGAUUCGAGAGUGGAAUCAACAUCAACUCAGACCGGCCCGACUGCACAGAGGGACGACUCUGCUUUGUCUUUUACUCCAACUUGAAGAAUCACAAAGAGGUGUACAUCUGCCCCAGCCAGCACACCCAGGAGGCAGUGCGAGGGCAGGUUUCAUUUUACAGAGGGGAGAUGCCCAGAGACAUUCCACCGGAGGUUGCACAGAAGAGGAAGGGACAUGACAGCCAAUGGCUGGCCACCCUGCCUUUGAGGCUUCCUGGGGCCCUGUCCAAUAAGGGGGAGGGGGAGGAGCUCCAGUACCGGCCUCUGAAUUUGGGAGAUCCUGAGAGUGGCUACCUGACGGAGGCCAACCUCCUGGCCAUCUCUCUGCAGAUCGGAGAGGACUGGCGGUCCAUCGGCAUCAACCUGGGCAUCACCUACCAGGAACUGGACCGUAUUCAGUACAGACACAGAGACAACCUGGGAGGCAUGGUCCUGGAGAUGCUCUUUCACUGGGCGCGGCGGCGGGGAGGGGCAGGGCCCGGGGCAGUGCCGGAGCUACAGCAGGCCAUGGUGGAGAGCAGGAGGCAGGAUCUGGCGGAUGAGAUCGAGGACAUCGUGAGCUUGGGGAGAAGGAAGUACAGAGAGUCCCUGAGACGGGUGGGGCUGGACACCCCCACCGUUUCUGCAGAGUAGACUGCUCCACCACUGCACAAUAGCAACACCCCCACCGUUUCUGCAGAGUAGACUGCUCCACCACUGCACAAUAGCAACACCCCCACCGUUUCUGCAGAGUAGACUGCUCCACCACUGCACAAUACUGAUUUUGCGGUAAUGGAUCUGUCAUCCCUUUGAAGGACAUGCUGGAAGCUGGAAGAUUCACUUGGUCAGGAAUGGACUUAAAACAAUGAUCAAAGUGGGUUUCAUUUCAUCCUGGGUUAUAGCAGGGGAUCCCAAACUAUGGGUAGGGAACAAGAUGAUUUCUGUGAGCACUGUACAUUCCACAUAUGCGCCUGCCGAAGUCAGCACCGCACCCGUUAUUUGCACUGCUGGUUGUACAGUAUUUUGUGUUAUAGAUUUAAUUUUAAAUUGAUAAAAUUACCAUUUCUGCCCAUCAAGAUACACUUAAUAAACCCAUGAUGAAAAAGUGAAAACAUGAUUUUAGAAAUGUAUUUAGCAGAUUUAUCCAAAAUCUUCAGCAAUUACAGCUUCAUACAGUCUGCAAGCUUUACACAGCUGGGGCUCAUUCCAAUAUCCUCUUUUUUAGUUUCCUUUCUCCUUGCCCCUAGCUCCACCCAUCGGGAGAGGCUAGGAAAAUAUGACAGAAAAAGAAGUGAGAUCGAGAACAUGAAUUCUGCAAAUGGAAUGCCUUCAAAUGUCAAUUACAGACGUGGCAGAUGUGUGGCAGAUGGGGAAAGGUGGAUCGUUCGAUCAUUUAUACGCAAGGCUUUCCAAAAAAAAAAAAAACUUACACAAAGGAAGUAUCCUUGCUCAAAGGAAAUAUUUGGAGUUCCUAACUUUUACUCUUAGUGCGUAGAACAUGGGUGUACAAUCCACUUCAGGAUUUUGUGCCAAUUAUUUAAUUAGCCAAAUAAUGUCUUGAUCAGACAUUUAUAUAUGCACCAGCUACAACUGCAGACUGCAAGUGCAUCCUAAGGAUUGUAUUGUGCUCAAGUACAGGAGUGAACCAACAUCAUUUAUAGAGUGGUCAGAAAAAUAAUUUGAGCUAAUUGGUUGGAACAAAAAACAGCUUGCAGAUUUGUGCCCCUGUCCUCGGAGGAACAUUUAAGGAGUUGAAAUGUCCUUAAAAAUGGCUCUACUCAAGCUAGGAAAGGACAAACGUGGAGAAAAAUAAGCUAUUGGAAUUAGCCCCUGGAUUUGGGCAGAUCCUCUCAAGCUCCAUCAGCUUGGAUGUGAACUGCCAUCUUCAGGUCUCUCCACCGAUGUUCUAUGGGGUUUAAGUCUGGGCUUUGGCUGGGCCACUCAAGGACAGUCAGAGACUUGUCCCGAAGCCAUUCCAGCAUUGUCUUGGCUGUAUGCUUCAGAUCAUUGUCAUGCUGAAAGGUGAACUGUCACUCCAGUCUGAGGUGCGUGCACACUGGAGAAGGUUAUCAUUGUCAUGCUGAAAGGUGAACUGUCACCCCAGUCUGAGGUGCGUGCACACUGGAGAAGGUUUUCUUCAAGGACCUCUCUGUGUUUGGCUGCAGUCAUCCUUCCCUCAAUUCUGACCAGUCUCCCUGCCACUAAGAAGCGACCCAUAGCAUGAUGCUGCCACCAUCAUGCUUCACCAUAGGGAUGGCAUUAGCCAGGUGAUUAGCAGUACCUGGGGUUUGCCAUAGUGCUUGCUGUCAUAUGCCUUUUACUCAAGAGUGGCUUCCGUCAGCAUAAAACCAUAAAGGCCUGGUUGAUGGAGUGCUGCUGAGAUGGUCGCCCUUCUGGCAGGUUCUCCCAUCUCUGCACAGGACUUUGGACGAUCUGUUAGAGUGACCAUUGGGUUACGGCCCUUCUUGCCCGGUUACUCAGUUUGGCCGGACAGCCCACUCUAGGAAGAGACCUGGUGGUUCACUUCUUGCAUUUCACAAUUAUUGAGGCCACUGUGCUCAAAGCUUUAGAAAUGGCUUUGAUCUAUGCCCUGAUCUAUGCCUACAGAGGUCUACAGAGACUUUAUCACUUGGUUUUUUUUCUUCUGACAUGUGAAUUAUGGGACCUAAUAUGAACAGGUGUGGGCUUUUCUAAACUGUCCAAUCAAUUCAGUUUGCCACAUGUGAACUCCAAUAAAGUUCUAGACUCAUCUAAAGGCUAUUUAAAGCAAACGGGAUGCACCUGAUGACAGCCACGGCAAAGGGUCUGAAUACUUAUUUAUUCAGUUAAAUUUUUUUAUUAAAGUAGCAAAAAUGUAUAAAAACAUGUUUUCACUGUCAUUAUGGGUUCUUGUGUGUAGAUUGAUGGACAAAAUGGCAAUUGUAUCCAUUUCAAAUUAAAUCUACAACACAAUAAAGUGAAGGGGUCUGAAUAUGUUCUGAAGCCACUGUAUGAAAGUGUGCAUUUAUAUGGGGGGGUGUGGGGGUGAGGGUAUAGUAUGUCUUCCUGUGAACUGUGGGCCCAGAAAGUUAAUGGACAGAGCUAAUGGACAUUGUUAUGUAGGUGUGUGUCAGGUGGAAUGUUUAAAUGAACCUUUAAAUAAUGCCGUGUAUUUGCAUUCCGCUGCUGUUCUGCUGCGGUGUUGAAACGGCAUCACACCGGGACCUCCUUCUGCAAGGACACCAUGGCUGUUCCCACCAUCGUACACCCUCCCUGACCUGGCCGAUGCUCUUCCACAUGUGCUGAAUGAUCAAUGUACACAGGAAAUGUAUGCUGUGCAACAUAUGCUGUGCAUAUUGAACAACAUUGGACCUCCAUUUUAAACUCAACUGCCCCUGUGUGUGAGGCAUAUGAAGCAAGCCAUCUGCCAUCCUGGGAUCUGUGUGACUCCUGACUGGAACACUAGGAUUGUGUGAUAUUAUGAAUGCAUCCUGAUUUAUUUAAUAUUGCAAUUGUUGGUUCAGAUCUUACUGUUUUAACUGGAUCAUGUACUGGAUAUUUUAAUGUUCUUCAGUUUCAGUGGAUCAGGAAAUAUUUUCUGUCAAAUAUUAUAUGUUACUUAUAUAUUUCACUGCAGUAUGUGUGAAUAUAUAUUUUCAAAAACA